AUGGUCGUGCAGAUUAGCUUCCUGGACAGCUCCGAGUUCGACGGAACAACCUGGUACAGUAUCCGUGUCGUUGAGGAUUUGCGGGAGUGGCUUUGCAAGAAGCGGUACAGUCAGUUCCUGGACUUGGACGCCCAGCUUAGCACGGUCAACUUAUCACGCUUGCAGCUGCCACCGAAGGGCACCGUUGGCCUCCGGAAGAUGUUAAACCUCGGCAACUUCAAUGCCGAGCGGCAGCGGGGACUUGCAAACUAUCUCAGCCACCUCGCCAGCCAAAUCCAGAGCCUGUCUCAGGUGCCUGCUUUGGCCGCAUUCUUGUCACCUGCACCACUGGGCCAACCAGCGUACGCCACAGCACAAGGGGUGGCAGUGGCCCAGCCAAUGCCUGCCGUGGCCGCAGUGGCCCAGCCGAUGCCACUAGGCCAGCCGCUGCCUGCAGUGGCUCAGCCGAUGCCGGGCACGGCCGCUGUGACCGUGCCAGGCUCCCCUGUCACUACUGUGCAGGCGCAACAAGCACUGCAGGCGCAGCAAGCACUGCAGGCAUCAGCACCCGCCAUGGCAGCGCCGGUGGCUGUGCCCGCCGUGCCAGCCACACCAGUUGUCCAGGGAGUGCCGGUGGCUUCACCUUAUGCCACACCUGUAACUACCCAGCCCUACCCACAGCCUGCCUAUCCCAGCGGCUAUCCAGUGCAAGCAAGCCCAGCUCCACCUGCUAGCGGAGGUAGUGGAGGAUUUGGAGCUGGCAUGCUUGGGGCAGGUGCAGUGGCGGGCGUCCUGGCUGGAGUAGCAGGAGCUGCAAUGCUUCAUGGCUCCAGCCAUUCUUCACAUCAGGGUUACUGCUCCAAGUGUGACGGGCGUGGCUUCCGCCACACUUCGACCAUGAACCAUGAUGAGCGCCCAGACAAGCGGUGCUUCUUCUGUGAGGAUUGUGAUGCUUGCUGGGGCAGGGGCAAUAGCCCGCAUCACCGCCACCAUGGCCACCACCACCAUCACCAUGGCUCAGGCCACGAUGGGGGCUUCAUGGAGGCGUUCGGAAUGUCUGGGUUCGGAGGGCGGCAGCAGUGCUUCAAGUGCGAGGGCAAGGGCUUCUUCCACGAUUCAAGUAUGACCCACGACGCGGGGCCAAACAACCGAUGCUUCUUCUGCAAGGACUGCUCCGGCUGCAACGGAAGGGGCCAGAUUGAGGGAGCGACCCCAUGGACCAAGCACGGUCAGAUGUGCACACAUUGCCAUGGGCAUGGCUUCGUCCACGAGUCCUCCAUGAAUCAUGACAAGGCUCGUGACGAGAAGUGUUUCUUCUGCAAAGACUGCCGGCGAUGCCAUGGGAAGGGACACUUGUAG